CUUGGAUAGAUAUAUCUGUUCCUCUUCUCUGUGAUAAUGACCAAUCAUUUAUUUGUUGUAGUCUAGAAUUGUAUGUUAGUCAAGGUGUAUAAUGUGUUAAGUGCAGGUGAAAAUUAGUGAGGAGAUCUCUGAAGGAGUUUGUUAUGUGGAGUGAAAAUUAUAGGCACCACUAUUGUUCUGGUCACCACAACACCUUCUCUUCAACAUGUAUCAUCAUUAUACUGUUGUGGAUGACCUGCAAUGGCCAGUCUGACGUCAUUUACUGGUAGCCAUAAGCCAAAGCAGCCACAGGUACCCGCCCAGUUAGACUGCAGCAAAUAGUCAGUCUGGACUCAGUAAAAAACAGCCAAAACAGUCUGUGUCAAACAGUCAGUCAUUUAGCUGCUGAAAUAAAUCGCUCGAACAAUACCCAGCUAAGCAACAUCCCAGUCAAACAUUCGCCUACAAAGUCAAAAAGUCAAUCGACCGAUCAGGAAGACCUCCACCUGUCCAGUCAGUCAAGAGACCGUGUCGUGUUACUAGACCAUUCAACCAAAGAGCCGGUCGCCUUCACCCCAUCACCUCUCUCUAUACGACACACUGUGAAAGAAGCCUACCACCACCACCUCCACUUUACCAUUGCUUGUCACGCUACUUUUAUCCACCAGUGACCCUACCCAAUAUUCUUCUCCCCCCCCUAUUCUUCUUCCAUUCUACCCCCACCACAGCCACCAGUCCAAAAAGGAAGAAUGUUGUUCCGUGUUAAUCCACCCUCUACCCCAACCCAGCUCAACUUUUAAUCCUAGUUCACCACCACUCCUGUCAACCCCUCCUACCCUAAGAAUCCCCCUGCAGCAGCAUGUCUGCCCAGUCAGGAGCCUCACUCACGCCCCUCCGCCCGUGGCAGGACUCCCUACGCUCCACGGGGCAGGCACUUGGCUUCCUACUGGCGAGUGGCACACAUUCUGACGUCACCUUGGUGGUUGGCAGUGAGGGUAAACAGUUCAAGGCCCACAGUCUGAUCUUGGCUAUGAGGAGUCCGGUGUUUGAGGACCUGCUCCUCCUCAACCCGGCCAGCAAAAGAGGCGUGCUGCCCCUCAAGGACGACUCUCCCUGGGCAUUCCACUGGCUUCUCAGCCAUAUCUACUCCGACAAGCACGAGAUUGAUGGCAUUGACCUGGCGCUGCAGAUUCUGAGCUUGUCUGACAAAUACAUGGUGGCCAGUGCAUACGACACCUCCAUUAAGUAUCUCCAAACUGUAGUGAAACGCAACAAUGUACUCAAGAUUUACAAGUACCUGGUCCAUCUGUUCGCCGAUAACGACUCCCUGCAGAGCCUUUGCAAGAGGGUAUUCAAGGACAACGGUAACGCGGUGCUGUUGUCGCCUGCGCUGCUGGAUCUCACCCCAGAGGCCAUGUCCCAUCUCCUAAAGGAACCCCUGAAAAUUACUUCCGAGACUGUCAUCUUCAAGGCCUUGUUGAAGUGGGGUCACGCUCAACUGAAGCUUAGUGGGAAGACCUCCACUCCAUUGGGAAUUCGUCAAGAGAUCAGUCAGUUCCUGCCGCUGAUCCGCUUUUUAACUAUGACCUCCGACGAGUUUGUGCAGAACGUCCUCACGACGGACGUGCUGUCGUCAGAUGAGAGUGUCUUCGUGCUGAAGCAUAUCGCCAACCCAAAGAGCAGCCCCGCCUCCUCUUACCUAAACACGUCGCUCCAGAUCAACACUAGUAGGGAAAGCCGAGCCUCCCCCAUUACCAAGGAACAGAUGAGGACCUGCCUGUGUGAGGGUGUGAACAAGACGUGGCACCGGGAACCCAUUUAUCUGUUCAGUCUCAUUCCUUCGGACAACAUCGUCCUCCUGGCAGUCAGGGUGCAGCUGGAAGGUGGGACGCAGGAUGUCAAGCUGGAGAUCCGUAAAGAAGAUCCUAAGUCGACAACCAUCCUGGCAAGUGUUGAGGGCAACGGCACCAACCUCGCUUUCAAGAAUCCUGUACACCUUAGAGAGUCCGUCACCUACAUCUUCACGCUGCAGGUGUCAGACCCGGCCACGUCACUCUUCGGCAACAAACUGUGUCAGCAAGUUUACGAGGCGGAGGGCGGCUUCCAGAUCUCUAUCAGUCCCGGCAUCUUCAUUCAAGCAUUGGUGUUUUUCUGAUACUGUAUAGAGAGGCGCCUCGAAAAAUCAACCUUGCUUCA